AUGCAUCGUUUCUCCCGCCGCGGUCCCGUCACCACAACCACGACCCGCCCCCACCACACCACCGGAGGCGGCCUCUUCUCACGCCGUCACGCCGGCCACCACACAACCACCGUCCCAGCCACCACCACCCGCACCCACCGCCGUGGAGGCCGCGGUAUGGGGAUGCGGAUGGGCAUGGGAAGGAGUACGGGAGGAGCCCGCGUCAAGCGCGGUGGCCUCUUCUCUAGCGGCCGUCACCACCAUCAUACUACUGCCGCUGCGCCCGUGACGACGACACAUCACCACCAUCAGAAGAGGCAUGCCUCGAUUGGGGACAAGAUCAGCGGGGCGCUGCUGCGGUUGAAGGGGAGUUUUACGGGGAGGCCGGGGCAGAAGGGUGCUGGCACAAAGAGGAUGCAUGGAACCGACGGGCGUGGGGCUCGUCGCUCGAGGUUCUUUUAA